AUGAAGCAGCCGAAUUUUAGUGAAGAAAAUUUUCAGCUGCCUGACAGAGCUGAACGACCGAGUGCUGCAGAUUUACGCUCCAUUUCAAUGAGACAGCAACAGCAGAUUGACACACAACAUCAAAUGUUAGCAGCAAAGGAACAGCGAUUACGAUUUUUAAAAUCACAAGAAUCGCGCAAUGUCGUUUCACUUGCUGAAGCAGAACGGCUCCGUCGGCUGCGUGAGCGCGUAGAGGCUCAAGAAUCCAAACUUCGGCGACUUCGAGCCCUGCGAGGUCAGGUAGAUUUGCAAAAAACUUAUAACGUUACGCUAGGAAAUGAUCUCGAUUCAAUCAGAGCCCUAUUCAGUGAAAAGGAAAAAGAGCUUACUCUUGCAGUGGCUAAAGUAGAAGCUUUGACACGCCAGUUGGAAGAUUUGAGACGUGAUCGUCGGGGUGGUGGGAAUGGUGCUAACGGCAAUUCAUUUAAUCUUAAUUCUAACUUACUCAACACAAAUGACUCCCCGUCCGCCAAGGAGGUGGAAAAGUUGCGCUUGGAAUUAUCUUAUCGCAAUCAAUUGUCCAUGCAACAAAAUGCGCGAUUAAACAUGCAGAGGGAAGCAUUACAGCAGCGUCAAAUAGAACUACACUCCGUGGAUAAACGUAUAGUGGAGUUACAAAGUCGCAUAAAUAAAAAACGAAUUCUAAAUGUUCAGAACUACAAGGCGAAUGUUUCUGCGGAAAACCAAGGAUCAGGGCAGCAUAACCAUGUUAAAUCUACAUCUCCCAAUACCAACCCUCUACUUCACGCACGUUCUUCUUCUACCCACAUAAUUCCAUCACAUUCACGUACUCUGAGCCGUGGAAAUAUUGUAGCGGUGGAACCUUUUAAUCAUAUACCUGUUAAAUCGUCGUCUUUGGGCAAUGGAUUGACCUUAUCCUCUUCUACAUCCCCGCUUACGAAUAUAAAUGAUAAAUUGACACAAUCCUCUAGCAACGCGACAGAAGUUAAUCAACAGCAACAACAGGAUCUGCAAAAACAACAAUUAUUACAAUUACAACAGCACCAACAUCUCCAGUUACAUCAGCAAUAUCAAUGGCGUAUUGAGUCUACGGGUAACGUAAAUACAACAGAGGAAAAUUUACUAUUGGCACCAGAAAGCGAUGAAAAGAAACUCGCUGUUCGUCAGCAACAACAACAACAACAUCAACAGCAGCAGCAACAGCAACAACAACAGCAUAAUCGUGUUCGUUACAAUGAAAACAUCCCUAAUGCAAAAUUAUCUGAACAACCAACGAGAGAAAAUUCUCUAACAAGACAAAUAUCUUCUCGAGAACAACAGAUUAAAAUACUUACGCAGGAUUACGAGAUGAACCAUCGUUCUCACUUACCUUCUGGAUAUAAUGAAAAUAGUCACUUAGUUUUUGGUAGCAGUGGCGGUACCGUUGCAGUUGAAGGUGAUUCUAAUGUGGUUGCCACAGAUAAGGAGUUAUCAAAUACUGUUACUAAUAGCAGCAAUGGGCAAACUAAUGUCAACACUGGAAUGUCGGGAGGAACAGCAUCGCACUUGCAGGACAAACACCAGCAACAUACAUCUAAUCAUUCAAAACCGACGUACAAUUUUCUGCAAAAUAUCCCCCUUGGUAAUUUGGUCGUGCCUCCACGGAAACCGAUCAAUAGCGUUGCUCCAACACUAGCUACUGGUAUUAAGGCAACAUCCUCCGCUUCAUCCAGCUCAUCUUUGUCUAAAGAUUCAUCGAGUGCUAAAAUAACUAGCGUGACUCGAAAGAAUUUAACAACAACUGUAUCCGGUGUAAGUUCUUCAGCAAUGGGCGAGACAGACCUCCAGAGUGUAAACAACAACUCUCGGCCGGCUUUACCACCGAAACCAAACAAAUCCACAGGUACAGGAAUUGCUGGACCUAUAUCUGGGACGCACCCAUGUACCAAUACCGCAAAUGACGAUUUUGGAAUGAAUGUUGAAAAUGAUUCGUCAUCAGCAGCUUCUUUUGACAUGCCAGAUUUGAGUGUACAAGGGUCAACAUCUAAAUUGACUGCGAAUGACAAACUUCCAAUCAAGGCUAAACCUUUAACCAUUAGAAAACAGCCAUUUCUAGAACAACCGAAACUGAAAAACGUUACGAGCUCUAGUACGAAUAAUGGAAAUAUAUCUGGCAGUGUGAGUGGCACCAAUGUCGGAUUAAAUAAAUUACCAAAUUCUUCCAUGGUACAGCAACAACAAAUAAUGAAUAAGCAAAAAGAUUCAUAUGUUACUGAAGCCGGUGAGCCGAAUAUAUCGAUCAUUGAAGCAUCAUUGUACAAUAAUUACGAAAGUGAUGUUUGUUAUGAUAAAAGAAAAAAAUCAGAAGUCACUGAUUGCAGCUCAGGUAAAGAUCAUCCGAUAGAUCGAUUAAAAAAAAUAAAGAGCGCAGCUGUGAUGAAUGCAGGAGAUACGGGACAGGCUGAUGGCGAAAUCAAUAGAAGAAAGCGUAACUUGAAUUCCAUAUCUGGAGAAAUGUUUGGAUUUAGUAGCGGUCAAGUCAAUAUUGGCAAUGCUGUUGGCAUUUCGGACGUGAACGGAGAAGUACUGGCGGGUGAAGGAACCAAACAUAAAUUAUCACGACGCGUUAGCUUUGAUCCUUUAGCAUUAUUGUUGGACGCCAGUUUGGAAGGUGAACUCGAGCUGGUUGAGAAAACGGCUAUGCAGGUAACCAAUCCGAGUGCUGCUAAUGACGAAGGUAUUACAGCUCUUCACAAUGCAAUAUGUGCGGGACAUUUUGAAAUAGUAAAAUUUUUGGUCAACUUUGGUUGUGAUGUAAAUGCUCAAGAUUCUGAUGGAUGGACUCCACUGCAUUGUGCCGCAAGCUGCAAUAAUUUGCCAAUGGUAAAGUUUCUAGUUGAAUCCGGAGCAUGUUUGUUUGCAGCUACCUUGUCUGAUCAUGAAACACCGGCCGAAAAAUGCGAAGAAGACGAAGAAGGAUUUGAUGGCUGUUCAGAAUACCUUUACAGUAUACAAGAAAAGCUGGGAAUUUUAAACAAUGGAGAAGUUUACGCGGUGUUUUCAUAUGAAUCUCAACAGUCGGAUGAAUUGAGCUUCUUUGUAAACGAUAAGCUUCUUAUUAUUCGAAAAGGAGAUGAGGCGGAGAGAGAAUGGUGGUGGGCACGCAACACAAUUGGAAAGGAAGGCUAUGUUCCACGGAAUUUGCUAGGGCUACACCCGCGACUAACUCCAUCGUAUACCGACGAAACUUAGUUUAAGGGUCGUUACGAAGCUAUACAAUUUCUGUUAUGGAAUAUAAAUGUCUCCAAUAUUGCUUUAUGAAUUGCAGCUCUUUUUUUAUAACUUUUUAUUAUAAUUCAUCCAAAUCUCUCCUUGAUGUGUAUUUUAAUAAAUAAUUUAAUUCACUUCCUCUUCUGCGCUUCAAGUAUGUGACUAUUAAUUUUGUUAUUUUUUACUAUGGACAAAAUCAUGUGAAGGUUUUUGUGUUUUUCAAAAUCUGGAAUAAUUACACUGUAAUGGAUAAAGACAUAUUGACUUAAAGAUAUAUAACUAUUGGGGAUUGUUAUAGAAUGUACAUGAAAAGCAUCUAAAAAUAUAGUUCACUAGUGUUUCAGUGAUGUUGACGAUUGCUAUAUAGAGGAGCAAUUAUAGGAGAGUUUUGCU